AAAUACUGCACAAUAAACAAUUUACACGUGUAACGUCUACUUCGGUCAGCUGAUUAAAGUUAUUACGUUAGGCCUAGCCUAUUUUUUUUAAAUCAUUUAAACACAAUGUCCUCUCAAGAUGAAGAUAAUCCAAGCGGCGGAGAUCAUCCUGAAUUCAAAUUCAGCUCUCAAACUUCUCUUGAAGAUUUGAGAGCCAAGGUACACAAGUUUGCAGAGGAGAGAGAUUGGGACCAGUAUCACACUCCUAGGAAUCUAUUAAUUGCCAUGGUUGGAGAAGUUGGAGAAUUAUCAGAAAUAUUUCAAUGGAGAGGAGAGGUAAAGUCAGGAAUUCCAGACUGGUCAGAUGAAGACAAAGUCCACCUUGGACAAGAACUUAGUGAUGUCCUCAUCUAUCUCAUACGCCUUGCACAGAAGUGCCACAUCGACUUACCGACUGCAGCGCUAGAUAAGAUAGCCCUUAAUGCGCACAAGUAUCCAGCGGCCGUGGUCAAAGGUUCCAGCAAGAAAUAUCUGGAGUACGACAGCUACAAGGAUAUUGAGGAUAAGAGAUGAUAUAGUAAUACUACUGCAGGUUCAUGGUAAUAAAUAGCUUUUGUUUUGGAUGAUGGAUUCGUCUAUGGUGAUUGAUAAGUAUACCUGUGCUGUCGGAUCUUAAAGUGUUUCAGCCCUGCAAAUAUAUUGUCUCGUUUUUAGGACAGGACAUGAUUGUGGGGUCAUACUGAAAAUGAUCACAUGACCAACACUCUAUUGUCAUGCUGUUGUUUUCAGGACAAUGCUUAUUCACUUCCCAAGCAGUGAACUGUUAAAUGAUGACACUUCAGAGUUGUUCAGUCAUCGAUUUCAUUGUCAUAGAAGCAUCUUUUGUCAUGUGAAAUGAAAUCUCCUUAAUAUCUUAUUCAACAUUCUUUAUAUUCAAAAGACACAAGGAUUCAGUGGUAUGGCAGAAGUGUCAUAGCAAGGAGGAGGUUACUGGUUUUAGAAACCAUAUUUAGUGCCCUUGUGUCCUUUUAGUGUUAUAACCUUCUUACGAUGUCUUUCACAGAGAACCUAGAUCUUUUGAUCCUGGUAUGAUUAUUAUUUCAAUUUUAGAGCACAUAUAUUCAUUUUUAGCAUGCCUAUUAGAAGUAUGAUAAAACAUACCCCUAAGAACUGUAUUUUAUCUAGACCCGAAGACUCUCCUAAUUGAGUUUGGGGUGUGCAGGUGGACCUCUACACCUAUGUUUCCACCUGCUCUUAUAUAUGCAAAGCUAGUGAUGCUUCUCUACACAGGACAUCCAUUUAACAUCCUGUCUGAGGAAUAACAUGGGAUAACAUUUUGUAGAUUUAAAGAAUAAAUCAUGUUGAUGCUCCAGAAUUUUAUUUAGAGUAUAUGAGGUGAGAAAUACUUUCAAAAGAUUGUAAGGUUACUACAUAAGUAGUAGUAAUUGAAGUUUUAUCUUUUUUAAAUAACUGUCUCAUUGUUUUGUUGUUGAUUUUUUUAAAACAUAUUUUGUUGCUUAAAAAAAUGAUGUUGACAUGUGUGUUUUAGUUUGUAAGAACAAACCUUAUGCCCAACAUUGCAAUCACAUUGGAAGGAUUUGAUGAUAUUAACCAUCAGAUCUAUGGAUGAAAGUGCAACAAAGUGAUUGAUUCCUGUAACAGCCAUUUGAAUAUUUCUCCUGAUAGAAUGAAAAUACCAAACCUCUUUAUUUCAUUCUCGUAUGUUUGUUCAGAUAUGUUUUCAUCAAAAUAAAAUUAUGCAUGACAUGUAUUUCAUCUUGACUUUGAAAAAGUUUAGGGUGUUAAUUGUAUGUUCACAAUUUUUAAAACUUUGUCUCUAAUUUAUAUCAUUGCUUAAUUGAUAUUGGUAAAUGUGUUGACUAAUCUUUUAUACCAAAGCAUUUCGAACAAUUAAAAAUGUUAAUCCAAAGAAAUAUGAUGGAUUUGCAUAGUUGUCAGGGAUUUUACUUUUCUGUGUGGCCCAGUGGAUUGGUGUCAUGACUUUUAAAUCGGAUGUUAUGAACAGAACUUAAUAUUAAGUGUUGUGGCAUCUUCUCAAGCCAAAAUGAGUAAAAUAACUGACCUGCAUCCCUGCUGGCUAAGUGUACGUCAUUCCUUCACAAUUAGUGUCUUCAGUGCUCUUCUUUUCAUGGAAUGAUUUGGUUUAGAAGUGAUGUGAGCCAUGUGGCCCCAUUGCAUAAAGCUCUAGUAAACUCUGACAUAUCUGAUAACUUUCAUAAUGAGUAAUGCCACAAAUAAGAAGUUUACCAUGUUAAAGGAGAAUGAAACCUUUGGAACAAAUAGGCUUGU